CUUCCCCAUCUCUCUCUCUCUCUCUCCUCCUCCUCGACUCGAUCUCCUGUCCCGUCUCCGGCGACCUCUCCGGCGGCGUCUCCGGCGACCCGGCCACCGCCGGCGCCGCCGCUGGGUGCUCCCCCUCAUUUCCCAGAUCGGCCGCUGGGUCGUCGUAGUCCGCGAUCACCCCAUCCUCCUUCCCCAGAUCCACCUUCUUGCGUACUCGCGCUUCCCUCUUUGUCGCGGUGGGAAGCUCGGUGGAAGCGGGGGCGCUGUGUGAGGGAGGGAGGGAAUCAGAUCCGGCGAUCCGCGUGGUUCUGUGGCCGUGAUGGACGAUUUCCAGGGCCUCCUGGCCCGCGACUUUGGGCUCCGCCCGCAGGGGAAGGCCGCGCCCAUGUCCGCGGCCCGCGCCGCCGCGUCCUCCGGAUCCGCCUGGUCCAGCUCCAGAUCCGCGUCGGCGUCCGCCGCCGCCGCCGCCACCGCCCCGCCCGCGCCCUCGUACGAUGACCUCUUCGGGGCCGCGGCGCCCUCCGCCCCGCCUCCCAAGGGCGCGGGCGCGCCCUCGCCCAACCUCGACGACAUCUUUGACUCCUUCAAGGAGCCCUCCGCCGCCGCGGUGCCACCCAAGCCGAAACACUCGUCCAUGCCGGUGUUUGACAAGCCGGUCUAUGAUGAUGACAUCUUCGAUGGGGUUCCUGGGGUGAAGAGCUCUUCGGCGCGGUUUGACGAUGUGUUCGGAGGCAACCACGCGCCACCCCCUGCAUACGACGAUCUGCUCGGGGGAUUUGGGAGCAAGCCGGAGGUGAAGGAGGUGCAGGAGGAGAAGAGGAAGCCUGAGCUGGCAGCUACAUCGGCUGGGUUUGAUGAUUUGAUCCCAGGGUUUGGCGGGAGGGUCCCGAUGCGCUCCAGGGAGACUGUUGGAACUAAAGAGAAGAAUGUGCCCAUGUCUAAGCCAACAAGCAUGGCAAGUGACCCAUUUGAUGUUCUUGGUACGACUUCAACCUCAAAGCAUACGUCUUCAGGGAUAUUCACGGAUCCCUUGGAUGAACUGGGUAGGCCUGCAAAACCUCAAGGAAAAAAACAUGACAAUACCGCUGACAGUGGCCUAUGUGAGGACUCGAGCACUUUCAAUCAAGUCCCAAAAUCAGAACCUUUGUUUACCUCAGAGUUGAAUGAUGAUCUGAAAGAUAGGAAUGGCUCUACCAAAGACCGAGAUUCAAGUCCUGCACACAAUUUUUCCAGAAAAAAUACAACCCAACAACCUUCUGUGGAAAACUUUGAAAAUAUCUUUCCUAAGUCACAUUCUGCUCGAUAUUCUGAUGUUCAUGUUGACAUUGGUGCCUCUGGUUCAGAGAAAUACAGCGGGAAUGGCCUGGAUGACCAGUCUCCAAGAUCUGAUGAGUCUGAAGAUGAGAUCUGGCUUACAGUUUCUGAGAUUCCCCUCUUCACACAGCCAACUAGUGCCCCACCACCUUCAAGAACACCACCACCACUUGCAGUUAAGCAAAAACCACAUGGAUCACAAGCAAAAAGAAAAGAUGAUGAUUAUCCACGGCGAUCUAACCAGAAUUACAAUCAUCACAGAAGCUCGUCAAAUCAAGCUGGUGUUUCUUCAAUAGAUGAACUGGAAGAUUUUGCCAGGGGCAAGUCUCAAAGGUCUGCCUAUGACAAUGCAGAUCCUUUUAAUGAGGAAGAAUUUGAGCAUAGUUCAUCGGCAGCAGCAUCUGCAGCUGCUAUGAAGGAAGCAAUGGAUAAAGCUGAGGCAAAGUUCAAGCAUGCCAAGGUUGUACGGGAAAGGGAACGUGAUGCAAAACUCAGAAAUAGAGAACAGCAGGAACAAGAUGAUGAAGUAAGGUUCAACACCCAGGAUCAUGAAGAGAGAGAGAGGCAGGAAAGACUAGAACGGGAGAGAGAGAUGAGACAAAGGGAGGAAAAGGAGAGAGAGCAAAGACGAUUUGAAGAGGAGAGGGAACUUGAGAAACAAAGAGAAAGAGAGAGGGCUGCUAGACAAGCUGUUGAAAGGGCUACAAAGGAAGCACGGGAAAGAGCAGCUGCAGAAGCUCGUGCAAAAGCAGAGAGGGAGGCACGCCAGCGUGCAGAGCGGGCUGCUGUUCAAAGAGCUCAGCAGGAAGCACGUGAGAGGGCUGCUGUAGAGGCCAGGGAACGGGCCGAGAGGGCGGCUGCUGAAGCGAAGGAUAGGGCUGCUGCUGAAGCUAAGGAGAAGGCUGCAACUCAAGCCAGGGAUAGGGCUGCAGCAGAAAGAGCUGCGGUGGAGAGAGCUCAGCAAGAAGCAAGGAGAAGAGCUGAAAGAGCAGCAGUAGAGAGGGCUGCUUCUGAGGUUCGGGAACGUCAAGCUGCUGAGGCUCAAGAAAGGCAGGCUGCAGCUGUGGCGGCGGCAGCGGCAAGAGAAAAACAGAGUAAACCAGAUGAUCUUGAAUCCUUCUUUGGUAUGGGUGCUCGAGCCAAUAGUGCACCAAAGCAAAGGGCUCCAACAGUGGACCCUAUGUUUAAUUCUCAAACUCAAAAUAGAGGGGCAGCGACUUCUGCUUCAGCAUCUAUGCGAAAGGCAUCCUCAACAACAAACAUUGCUGAUGACCUAUCUGCAAUAUUUGGAGGAGCUCCCACAUCAUCUGAAGAAUUUCAAGAAAUUGAAGGAGAGACUGAAGAAAGAAGACGUGCUAGGUUUGACCGGCAUCAAAGGACCCGCGAACGAGCGGCAAAAGCCCUGGCUGAAAAGAAUGAACGGGAUAUGCAGGUUCAGAGGGAGCAGGCAGAAAGACAUAGAAUUUCAGAAACAAUGGACUUUGAGAUUAAGCGAUGGGCUGCUGGAAAAGAAGGCAAUUUACGUGCAUUGCUAUCAACUCUGCAAUAUGUACUUUGGCCAGAAUGUGGAUGGCAACCUGUAUCCCUUACUGACUUGAUUACUGCUGCUGCGGUUAAAAAAGUGUACAGAAAAGCAACAUUGUGCAUACAUCCUGACAAGGUGCAGCAAAAGGGGGCAAAUCUACAGCAGAAAUAUAUUGCUGAGAAGGUGUUCGAUCUCCUUAAGGAGGCAUGGAACAAAUUCAAUUCUGAAGAACUCUUCUAAACGGCCUUUGCAAAUGAACGUACCCGCUCACCCAAUCCUCACCUGCAUGAGGCAGUCUAGGUGGAGCGCCACCUCAGAACAAUCGAAAGCUGGAGCAGUCGGUCGGGGGACCCAUGAAACGAUGAAGCAAAAGUUCGACCAUAAUUACAAUUGUAUUGUUAUUACCAAUAUUGUUUGUUUCACUAUACACCCUCAUCUUCCUUCUCCCUUCUGUAUGUGUUGAUUCAAAUGACAAUUUCACAGCUACAUGUGGUGGCCCUGCGACGGACCCGCAUCCAGUAGGUGUAUAGUAGCUCUCUUUUUGCUCUGUUAUCCAGGGUCGUGAAGCAGCGGAUUGGGGUGGCCAGUGUUGUGGUUUUUGGAUUAGGCACAGGGUUUAUUUACCAUGGAGAGAUCUAGUUACAUGGGUCAUGAAUGCUGCCUGUUUGAUGCCAUGGGCACUUUCUUAAGUUCAAUUAUCUUGUUUAUAGUGAACUUCUGGAACACAAUGGGGAUGUCCUCUGAUUCCUGUGUGAUUUUGUAUAAAGUUGAUCUGGAAUUUUGAUUUCC